CUUCAAUGAAAUCCUGACUUGUACAUUCUGUCUUCCGUAUAUGAUUGUACCGACUGGUCGAUCCCAGUCUUCAGCCUCGAUUAUGGCAAUCUAUGUCGCCGUUUCCAGUUCAUGGAUGAUCGUAAUCAUGCUUGUAGUCUGUACAUGGAGCAACAAAGAAUGGAACACAGGCAGUGAAGAAAUUCUAUAAUUGUUCAGAGUUUAGAUUAUCAUAUCCGUGUUUCUUUAAUCUGCAAAUACAAGCUUUAAAGGUGAGGUACCAAAAACGUCAGCUUGGUCCAAGCGUCGUGAUAAGCCGCACCGCAUCGGUGACGUCCCGACUGUCACGCUCUCUAAAUGCAACGCAUCGCAAUCCUCUUCAAUGGCGCCCAUAUGACCAGAAAACAAUUGAUGUUACUGCAGUAGGCUGGGCACGAUGGCCGACUUCCACGGCUCUUCGAACCCCUUUCGGCGCAGGACGCCCGCCAUCCAAACGAACACAGAGAAUGGAACAAAGGCAGAGGAAAGCACAGUGACUAGGCAACUACCCAUCGAUCAACCGAUGCCGCAUGGAGAUGCGCCGAUCAAAAAUAACGACAAACCGGUGAAGCAUGUUAGGGUGCAGUCGCCGCCGCCGAGCAGCCCGGAGGAUGCCAUAGAGGAUAAAUCCCAUACGCCACUCCCACAGGGAGAGGGCCAUGCACUUGGCCAUGACCCAUUUGAGUCCGUUAUGUCCGAUGAAUCGUCAGAUGAUAAUGAUGAAGAAAUACCACCGAUAAUUGCUGCCAGCAAUGAUGGAAGAGCGCCUAUACCACCGAUAAGCUGUGCCGGCAAUGAUGGGAGAACGUCUAUGAACCCGUUCAGCAAGACAUUAGCUACGUUAGAACGGACGGAGGGCAAGGAGUCGACCGGCGAAACUCCACCGGUGGGGUCGGGAAAGGCAGCUAUGGAUGUGGAAUCUUUUAAGCGUCUACUCAUGACUGGAAGCAGCGGUAUCCCAGCUCCUGAAUCUCUACCCGGCCCUCCCGCGCAAUCAGCGCACACAGGGCCGACAGACGGAAGCAGCACAGAGGCAUCAUCGGUCUCACGGCACUCGAUCUUUGAGAACAUCCAAGAGAAUCUGCCCGAGUCACCCCGAACCUCACACGAAGUCUCCGAUGCAAAUGACGAGCCGCGGCGUAUGCCGCCAACCCUCCAGCGCUCUGCCUCCGGAAGGAAAAAGCCGCCACCACCCAGCUCACGGCAUGGGAAACUCAUAAACGUGCAACUAAGAGACAACGCGCGGCCUCAUUCUCUCUAUUUAACAUCUACAUCCGCCCCGUCACCCCUAUCAACCACAAUCCCUACACCAACCGCCGCGGAACGGUCGGCCACCGACCUCAACAAGCCCCUUCCACCCAACCCCUCCCGCGCAAGCCACGACUCAGAUCGUGAAUCCGUCUUUGACUGCGAAUCGGUCGGGAAGGCGCCGGAGCCGUCUUCUCCAUCCAACUUACUACGACGUAAACCCGCACCUGCACCUCCCUCAGCACGCCGCCAUGGCCAUCCUGUCGCCGACCCAAACUCCCCGCACCUAUCUCCCAAACGCCUCACCAACAUGGGCGACGACAGCCGCAACAGCUCAACGCAGGAUCUAUCAUCAUUGCAUCCCUCCACCAACCAACAGGCAACCUUUAAAGCCCCCCCACCUCCGCCGCUCCGCCGCCCAGGCUCCAUCAGAAACUCCGUUAUCUCCCCACCGUUUAUAACAUCCGAGCUCGAAAACGCCCCUUCGAUGCCCCGCGCCCCAUCCACUCCCUCUAAGCGCCUCUCCGUCGUCCCCCCUGCCCCUCCUCGGCCCCGCGGCGCAAGCGGGGCAAGCGUCGACGCCAACCUCCCCAACCCUGCCGCGUCGACCACCGAACACCCAGACAUCCUCGCUGACCUCGGCGCUCUUCAGAGGGAGAUCGACGCCCUUCGCGGGCGUGAAGCUUGA